AAACCCUAAACCCUAAUGGUUUGGGUGUAUGGCAGCGAGGACGGGCUUCGCGAGGAGGGCUUUCUUCAAUGCGGCGCAGCGCCGCCCCGCCGCCGCCCCGCGGCCGCCUCCGCCAUUGGGAUUCGCCGCUCCCAGGCGGGGCAGCCUCGCCAAUCGAAUGAAUUCGCCAGUGCUGCGGCGAGAGGUUUCCACAAUGCUCCCGUUCCAUUCCGCCACCGCGAAAGCGUGGCUGGUGUCGAGGAUUUCUGAUAUUCCAGUCGACGCGGGGGUGUUUAGAACGGUCCUCAAGAUGUUCCAGGUGGAAGAAUGUAGUGCUUAAAUCGGCUACAACACACAAAAAAAAGAAGGAAAAAUCACGAAGAAAAACGAGAAAAAAGACUCGAGAAACGCGAGGAACGAAGAACUUUGCUGCUGAUUAAAUUGAUGGAAUUAAUUAUUGCC